GUUUGUCAGGUGGGGGUCAAAAGGUUGUGUAUCUAGAGGGAUGGAGAUCAGUUUCUCUAGCAAACCAAAUAUUCGGAUACAAUGGAUGGAGCCAUUCAGUCUCAAAUCAGACAAUCGAUUUUGUAGACCACUCACAGGGAAGAUUCUAUGUUGGUGUGAGUGCCUUGGUUCGGGUUCAACUCAAGGAUGGUAGUUUUCAUGAAGACAUGGGUUAUGGAGUAAGUGAAGGAAUGAAAUCUAAGGCGCUUAGUAUUGAAAAGGCUAGAAAAGAGUCUGUUACUGAUGGUCUGAAAAGAGCCUUGAAGAGUUUUGGGAAUGCGCUUGGAAACUGCCUGAAUGAUAAAGACUAUGUCCGGCUAAUUAUUGGAAUACCCAAGGAGACUCCAAAAUUCUCGCCGACGGAUAUUAUGAGCGACGAGGUGGGGCUAGGUUUAGCAGAGAUCAGAUCAAGAAAUUUACGGAAAAAAGAAGCUCAAAAAAAUAAACUACAAACCUUGUCAACAUUAGCUAAGCCUCCAAGUGGAGAGAGUAAAGAAAACGCUGCGAGUGCCACCUGUGAAGAAAAUUCAGAACUACAAAACUCCAAACAGCCGCCAGGGGGUACGGAGAAUAGUUCUCCUGCCAUUGUUGCGCCGCUGAGGAAUGUUCCGUUAAAUGUUCCUCUAGAGGAUAAUCCUCUGUCGGAACGCGGGAGGAGAAAAGUUUACAACAUUAAUUUAGCGCAAGAUGACAGUUCCAAUGAUAAAUCCGGGUCCCAAGGGUCAAACAGUGACCCAGAAGAAGUUAAAAGACAGGAGCGGUUGAAAAAACAACGAGAAAUGCGGGAGAAAUUUCAACAGUUGCAACGGAGUAAGGAGGCGAAAAAAGCUUCGGAGGAUGAAACUCAUAUAUUUACGGAGGAAGAUGAAGACUUAUUCAAGCAUAUGAGUCAGAUGGCUGAGGCCCGAGAUGAAGAAUGGAGUAGAUCAACGCCAAAACGAAGAAGAAUAUCCAAAUCAAGUUUGCCAGACUCAAAGUUGGGCGACCUUGCCAGAAGAUCCCCUAGGGGCCUCAAGGGGCAUGGUCCUUAAGACCUUAUAGGAUUUGGGGCUUUUAACUUUAAGUUUUAACAACUUUCGCACAAAAUGAUUUUUAAAUUGUAAAAAUAGACUGGUACCUGCAAAUAUUUAUGUGAUAAAAAUACGCUUGAUAUAACAAUUAUGUAAAAUUAAUGAUUUUGUAUAUUUUCAGA